AUGACAAUACAAGUGUCAUAACAACUGUUCACAUUAGGUUAAGUUUAAGAUAUAGUGGAACAUUCGGAACAUAAGUUUAUUUAUUUAUUUUGUACAUCAUGGACCUCUCUGUUUUAAUUGCGAUAAGCGCGCUGCUUUUAUUAAUAUUAAUGGCAGUGAAUUUGUUCAUCAAAUUAAUACCUGUAGAAGAUGCUGAACCUGAAAAUAGACCUAGACCCAGACCAAAUCGGGUGGUAGGGGAUGCACCCAGAAGGGCCCAAAUGGUUAGGAAUCGUGGUGCAAGAUUGAGGGCAAAUGCUCAACAGCAGCACGAGUCUGACGAGGAAGUCCAAGAGAAUGAGGAGGAAGGUCCUGAUUUUUCCGAUGCUAAGAUCGGUGCUAAAAAGCGUGCAAAGAUGGAGGCAAAGGCCGAGAAGAAAGCCAUGAGGGAGGCCGAGGAGCACGUGAGAGCGGACAAGAAAAAGAGGGAUCAACAAGCGGAGGACGAGCGUAAGAAGCUCGAAGACAAAGAAAAGGCUGAAGAAUUAAAGCGCGAGGAAGAAGAGAAGAAAAUGCGCGAGGAGAAGGAACGCCGAGAGCAUGAAGAGUAUUUGAAGAUGAAGGCUGCGUUCAGCGUGGAGGAGGAGGGUUACGAAGAAGGCGAAGCUGGUAACGAAGAAAAUCUCCUGCAGGAGUUCGUCAAGUACAUUCGCGACCAGAAGGUGGUCGUCAUUGAGGACAUUGCUGCAAAGUUCAAGUUGAAAACGCAGGCCGUCAUCGACAGGAUUAAAGAUCUUCAAGAAGACAACAUAUUGACCGGAGUUAUCGAUGACAGAGGCAAGUUCAUCUACGUGUCGCAGACGGAGAUGGAGGCCGUAGCCAAGUUUAUUAAACAGAGAGGUCGUGUGUCGAUACAGGAACUUGCAGAGAACAGUAACCAAUUGAUUAAUUUAACGCCGGUUGUUAAUUAACAUAAUUUCUUAGGUAUAUAUAAUAUUAUUA